AUGUUCUCUUACAAGCUCCUCUCCGCUGCUCUCGUGGGCGUCUUUGCUGCUUCGGCAGUCAGCGCUUCGCCAGCCAAUAGAGCUCCUUUGGUACAGAGGGACGUUGCAAACUGCGAGCAGUACGCCAACGCCGCACUCGGCCUGCGUCCUCGCGGCGCUGGCGGAUCCACGCCCGUCAUCUGGGCUGGUAUCGUGCCUGGAGUCAAGCACGCCGGUCCAGAUGGCCAACAGUCCUCGCUGAUCGUCACGCUGGACGAUAAUGGGCAACCUCUGAAGCCGCAGCAAUUCAUCUUUUACAACUGCACCGACGUUUCGCGUCCUCCUCCAGCCGACUACAAGCCUCCCACUUCGGGACGUCCAGUGACCGGCUACGGAUUGGUUCGUCCAGCCGGAGCAACGCAGCACUGUUUGUCGCUGGAGAGCACGAACAAUGCUCCAGGCACGCACAACAGCGUGCUGGAUGCAUACUGCACCACCGAAACGGCAGAAAAUCUCUGGUUCUACAACACCAUCGCUGCUAGCGAUGCUAGAAUGUUCCUCGAAACGUCCCUCACCACAGACGUCGUCAUCAGCCAGACCAAGCACAAGGAGCUGCAGUUCAUCGCUACGAACCAGAGGUCCGACGAUGCCACCCAAUACUACGACCUCAUCCUCUCCAACCCAAAGAAUCCCUCUCGCCCUCCCCCUUGA